AUGUCCCUUGCAGCACUGGUUGCUCGAGCGGCAUACACUAACGGGGGUGCCAAACUCGAGAUCCCGCGAGUUCGUUCUGGCCACUCGCCUCGACUACGGGUCGUUUUAGCUGCUUUGCCGAUGCCGCCGAUGUGGGCAACGCCGGGCCAUGACAAGCUAGGACAAUCAAGCGAGAAGGAGAGCGCCCCAACAACGUUCAUGAAUCGGAAAUUCAAGCCGCAGGAAUUCACAAGACUUCUGACGUAG